AUGAUAGCCACGGGCAAAAGCGAGAUGUCCGAUAACGCCGAGAAGGGCCUUGAACCGCCUCCUGAGAAUGAAAAGGAAAAGGAGCACAAAACACUCAAAUAUUCCUUAUUGGGGCCAUCUCUUCUCAAGGCUGGACAGGACUCUGUGGAUCAGGCAAAGGGGCAGGUCUCGGAAAUAAUAUACAAUGCAUCCAAGAACUCCAAGUUUUUCCUUCGCGAGGAGCAAAAGGACAAGAUAUUGACGGAAAAGAUCGCCCGGAUCCAGGCCAAAAAGGCUCGGCUGGACAACCUGGACCUGUCUCGCGACCUCCGCCUGGCCGACGCCUACAUCGCCGAGCGCGAGCUCAGCCGGGACCUGACGCAGGUGAUUGUGCACGUGGACUGCGACGCCUUCUACGCCGCCGUGGAGCAGUUGGACCGUCCGGAGCUGGCCAAAGUCCCCUUUGCGGUCGGCGGCGGCGUGCUCACGACGUGCAACUACGUCGCUCGCACCUUUGGCUGCCGCUCCGGAAUGGCCGGCUUCGUGGCCAAGAAGCUCUGCCCAGAUCUCGUCUGCAUCAAGCCAAACUUUGAAAAGUACACGGCAAAGGCACAGGAGGUCAGGAAGGUGCUGGCGAGGUACGAUCCGAGGUUUGAGAGCGCCAGCAUCGACGAGGCGUACCUCAACAUCACGCAGUACUGUGCCGACAACAACCUGGAGCCCGGGGAGGCGGUCGAGCAGAUGCGCCGCGAGGUUCAUCUCACCACAAACAUCACAGUAUCGUCCGGGGUAGCUGCCAAUGCAAAGCUGGCAAAGAUCUGCGGAAACAUCAAUAAGCCCAACGGGCAGUAUGUGUUGCCCAGUGACAGGUCUGCCAUUAUGGAGUUUAUGCGUGAUCUCCCGUGUCGAAAGGUCAACGGCAUAGGCAGAGUCUUGGAGAGGGAGCUGCAAGCUGUCGGCGUCUCGACUUGCGGUGACAUCUACCCUCAGCGCAAAUACUUGGCGCAGCUUUUCGGCGAGAAGGCCUUCAAGUUUUUGAUAGACUGCUAUCUGGGGCUGGGCAGGACCAAUGUUCAGCCCGCCGAGGAGUAUGAGCGCAAAAGCGUAGGUACAGAGAGCACUUUCAAUUCAAUCAGCGAGCCUGGCGAUCUACGAAAAAAACUUAGAUACACGGCCGAAGAAUUAGAAAAGGAUCUGAAGCGAGCAGAGGUCAAAGGCCGCACGCUGGUCAUCAAAAUCAAACUGCACACUUUUGAAGUGUACACACGUCAAGUAAUCCUGCCGCGGUCCAUACACCUCGCAGAAGACCUGUACAACUUUUCGCUGCCGAUGCUCGCGAGGCUGGAGAAGGAAAAACCUGGCUUUUCCUGCCGGCUCAUGGGGCUGAGGUGCACAAACCUCGUCAGCACCAAGAAGCCCGACACGGCCGCAUUUUUCGGUAUGAGGGCACAGCGGUCAGGGUCUGGCGAUACAGAUGUAGCAAAUGAGGGCGUCGAUGAGACGUCGGCAGACGCUGGCUUUGAAAUGGACGAGGGAGAGUGGGAGCAAUGGCCCGAGGAUGAGUUCAGUGAGGGUGUCGAAGUCAACGAGCCGGAGCGAGAAUCCCACGGCUCAACUCCGUACCUGAAAAACGGCAAGGUUAUCAUGCUCAACCCCAAACCUGCCAAAGACCCUCCACCAGAAGAGGAAUUAUGGGACUGCCCGAUCUGCGCACGGCCUCAGACCGCCAACGAACGAGAUUUCAACGAGCACAUCGACAUGUGCUUGUCGAGGCAAGCAAUAAGGGAGACGGUCCAGCAAGAAGCGCGCAAGCCUGCUCUUGCAGAAGACGGAUCGGCUUUGGAAAGCCGACGACCUAAGCAGUUGCCGGAACGAAAACGAGGCAGAGCACCCAAGAACCCAGAUCCCAAGCAAAAGAAGAUUCGUUUUGGAUGA